AAACAGUCGUUAAUUCGUCAUCAUUGUUUGUAUUCUGCACACUUUGGGGCUUCAGUUUCUACCCAUUUUACCAUAUUGAUCGAAGCCGACGCCGAAUAACUCAACCGUAGUUCCGGUCGCUGGUUAUUUUGUAGAAGAACUUGGCGAUUACUACAAAUUAUACAAUCAUUUCAUUUGCGACUGCACUUAUACGAAGUUUUUUGUUUGUAUUCUAGUUGUUUGUGAAUGCGAAACCACGAAAAGACUUAUACGUUAGGAGAAUGGUCCACAAUUGUUUAUUAUUGUUAUUACUUUUGGUAAAAUACCCAACGUUGGCAUCAUCUGAAAACGCCGACAUUUGUAAAAAUUCAAACGAAGACACGUUGGUUCCUGGGGAUGUGUUUAUAAAUUUACUGGUGUCAUCAUGUGAAGAGAACGAAUUCAAUACAUUAUUCGAGCCACCAACAGAAACUUAUGUAGAAAGCGCAUCUUGGGUAGUUUCUCAUCUCAACAAUCUCAAUUUUACUCACCCGUUUGUGUUGGGACUGAAAACUUUCGAAAUUUGCAACGAGUAUGAUUACCAAAAAACAAUCUUCGACGCCUAUAGCCUACGAGAGAAAUCAAAAUCGUUAGGAUUAAUUUCAUUCGAAGAGAUCUUGGACAAGGAUUUAGAAUUCAGUAAGAUGUUAAAUGUCACAAUCACACGCGUAGAUAAACACUGGAAUUACCUUGUCAAAGCGAGCGUGAGGGUUAUAGAAAAUUUAGACUGGAAAGAACCUAUUACCGUUAUAUCGGAGAAUGAAAGAAUUAUCAAAGAAUUUAACAAAUUAGCCAGGAGGUCAUGGAUGUGUGUCGAGGAUGCGUUUGUAUGGAGAGGAGAUAAUUUACCGAAAAAGGAUGAUGGUUUAUUGCUGGUAGUUUUUGGUAGCAGUCGUUUUAUAAACACAGUUUUAAAUUUUAAAAAAUACGUUUAUAGAAAGAUUCUGGUUGUACCAUUGGAUGGAUCCAAUUUAAAAGAGCUUCCAGCUAACACAAUAUUCAUCCAAGAGCCGCAUUCAAAACAAUCCGACCAAAACUCCACUUCUACUUUGAAACCGCCUCAAACACCACUCCUGUUAGACGUCGCCAACGUGAUACUAAAUUUCGUUCGAUCGUUCCUUAUGGGCAACUGCAGCAUCGUUAAAGAGGAUUGUUCGAAACGGUUUCAAAAAGAAUACAUUCCGCCUUUCAAAAUCAUACAAACAUUGAAACUGGAAGAUGUUAGAGACAUAUUCAGUUACAACGUUUACCAAACAAAAUGGUACCAUGUUAAAACUGGCAAUGAAACUCAACAGACGAAGACCAUAAACAAAUUGUUUUCGUAUAACAUUUUCGAAAAUAAUUUGGUAGAUUCGGAACAUAACGCUUCUUCCUCAACAAAUGUUUCUAAUAGACAUGUUAACAUGUGUUCGACCACGUUGGACGAUUGUUUACAGGACUGUGUCAACAUUAGGGAAAAAAUUGUCCAGAAAUCUGUGUUAGGGUCUCGAUUGUUCGGAGAUAUAAUCCUGCGGUCUGAGUCCUGGCUUUACGGUUUCGUUUCUAUAGCUGUUUUAGGAAUAAUUUUCUGCAUUUCAACUCUCAUAUUCUUUGCAAUAUCGAUGAUAAAAAGGAUAGUUUUUGAAGGCAACCCUGCCAUAACCCUUCUCUUAAUCCUUUCCAUCAUAAGUAUUUAUUGUUCAAUAAUCCCUUUCACUGUGGUUGGUGGAAACGAUACGGGAUACUUCAUCUGCUUGUACAGGACCCUUAGUGUCUCAUUGAGUUACGCUGCUGCAUUUUCAUUGUUACUCUCCAGGUCCAUAGUCCUUGCCACAAUUUCUAAGGAACUGGGGUAUAUGUCCCACGCUUCUGGACCAGUCCAGGCUUUCCUGUGUUUAUUUAUUUUUGCUGUACAAUGUGCCUUAUCAUUACAAUACUUCAACAAAUGCCAGGCGUUCUUCGACACGUUAUUGUUCCUUUAUUCCUUAUCGUACAAUGUGAUUUUGUUGGUACUUUUUCUCUGCAUUUCGCCACUGAUCUAUCAAUCCCAAAGGAAUUACAGAGAAGGGAAGUAUUUUGCCGUUUCUGCGGUUUGUAUGACGGCAGCUUGGAUUUUUUGGAUUUUGGGAUACGUGUUUCUGGGACCGGAAUGGAGAGACCCGAUGGUAUGCCUGGGCUUGGUCAGUACAGCAAGUAUAUUGGUCGGAGCUGUUUUGAUUCCUAGAACAUACUUGAUGACUGUGUCGGCCACGAGGAAUAAAAUAACAAAUGCUCUUCCAACUCUACAAACUUCGUCUAGUAUCAUGGAUAUUUACAAAGCGAGCACGCAGCCGAUCUACGAUUGCGUGAAUAUAUCAUCCAUCAAUAAUCCCACAACAACCCAGCCAAAAGUAAGGAACAAUUCAGUCGACGAAAAAUAUUACAAGUGCCCAUCUCCUGAUAAUAAUUUUGAAAUAGAAUCCACCAUGACUGAUCAGGCAGAAAAAACAACAAGAUUUUAAUUAGUUACCUACAUAAAAUAAACCUAAAAAAAUAAAAAUACUGUGGCAAAGCAAACACCAUAGAAUCUUUGGAAUGUUAAUUUGCAAUAAGACCCCGAGAUAAAAAUGUUCAGUCUCUGAGAGUCUCUGAAAGCGAGACUCGAGUC